ACAGGAAAAUAUAUUUUAAACUAAGUUAUGUUUGGUACAUACACAUGCAUAUGAUGUUGUAAGAACCUUAGCAAUAAUCGAAUUGAUAUGAGAAUAUCCAAUAAUUUUGAGCAAAAUGGACCCAAUUUUGAGGAUGGGAAAUUGGGAAAUAAACCAAAGAAAAACAGAGUACGUAAGUACAUAAAAGAAUUUUGUCAGUCCACAACCAUACAAGGACCAGCAUAUAUUGUUAAGAACAUAUCGUUCUGGGAGAGACUAUGGUGGAUAACAAUAUUCAUUUUGGGAGUGAUAGGCUCAUGCAUAAUGGUGUACCAAAUAUGGGAUAAAUAUGUUUCAACGCCUGUUCUUGUUUCCUUAGCCACUAAAGAGGAAAUGAUACGUGAUAUCCCAUUUCCAGCUGUGACCAUUUGCCCUCAAGCAAAAGUUGCAAAUAAAUGCCUGAAUUACACCAACAUUCUGAUGGCUAGAAAAGCUGGAAGAAUGGAGGAAACAGACCCUCGUGAGAAUAUUAUAUUCGAUUACAUGUCGCUCUUAUGCAAAUCAGAUAAUCACGAAGGAACCAUCUCAAUAUUGUUGAAAUCUCUGAAUGAGACGACUAGAAAAAUGUUGGAGCUCGCAGGUGCACCCAUAUCACAUAAGAAAGGAUUUAGUCUGCACGAUUAUUUGAGGUUUCUCACAUACUGCUCGACAGUGAAUCUCUCAGAAGCUCAUUGUGAAUGGAUGGGAGGAAAAAUCAAAUGUAAAGAUGUCCUUACACCAAUCUUAACCGAGAAAGGAUUGUGUUUUAGCUUCAAUAUGUACGAUGUCAGGGACAUAUAUAGUGAUUUGAAUACUAUGAAUUAUGCCCGUGAGGGAGUUAGAAGAAAGGAUUGGUCACCCGAUAGGGGUUAUUUCAGAAAGACAGAAAAUUUGGAAGAAUUAUAUCCUAGAAAAGCCUUUCUAAGUGGAGCCAAGAAUGCAUUCGUUGCUGUGUUUUUCACUCAUAAAGAUGACAUUGAUUAUGCUUGCGAGGAUUUUUCUAUCCAGGGCAUGCAGGUCACUCUGCAUACACCAACAAGGAUUCCAAGACCCGAACGUGUCUCUUUCUCAGUCGGACUGGACAGUAUCGCUAAUGCAGCUGUCAUUCCAUCCUACACUCAAACUUCUGAUAGGAUCAAACAUUAUGAUCCAAAGAAAAGGUUCUGCUACUUUGAAAACGAGCGACAAUUGAAAUAUUUUAAAUUUUACUCACAAUCCAACUGCAACUUCGAGUGCUACAUAAAUUAUACGAUAACUCAAUGCGAUUGUGUUAAUUUUUAUAUGCCAAGGGACAACGAAACUAGAGUUUGCCGUCUAUCCGAGCGUUUUUGUCUACAAGAUGCGAGGAAAAGCUAUAAUGAAGAUAUUCUUAAGGAAAGACUAGAUCGAUUUAGAAGUGAUGAUAAAACGAUGUGCAAAUGUUUACCACUGUGUGCUGAUCUGAGCUACAAUGCAGAAUUGUCGCAAAGUGAAUGGGAUUGGAGUAACACAGAUGAGGUUGAAUUUGACUCUUUCAACAGGAGUGAAUUGUCUAUGUAUUAUGCAUCAGGAGUGAAAGUUUUCUUCAAAAAUGGUUUUUUCCUUCCUUCUCUGAGAGAUGAGCUUUAUGGCACAACUGAUAUGAUAUCCAAUAUUGGAGGAAUACUUAGUUUAUUCAUUGGUGUCUCACUCAUUACUUCCGCUGAAAUAAUAUACUUCUCAACAUUCAGACUUGCCAAAAAUUACUUCCGAUAUGGGCAUUUGUUUGGACCUAAGAUGUGAUAAAAAUAUUACCACUUAUCUCAUGAAUUUUACUCAUGAUUUCUUUUUACAAUGAUUUAUUGUUUAUUUGAGUUGAACAAAUUCUUGAUGUUAAUGAAACAAUGAAUAUAUCAAAUACAAUAUUU